AUGGGUGUAAAGGAAAUAUGGGUUGUUCGUCAUGGUUUUCGUGAAGACUGGGUGAAUGAGAACCCUCCUCUUCCAACAGGUCUCAAGAACGAUCCUCCUCUUUCAGCAAUAGGAAGACAUCAAGCUCAAGAAGUAGCUGCUUUCCUAAAAGAUAAAUCGAUUGAACGCAUCUAUUCUUCUCCCUUUUAUCGUGUGCUUGAGACUGUCUACCCCUUGGUAGAAGCAUGUCAAAUACCACUUUUUAUAGACUACAGUAUGGCAGAAUGGUAUGGUAAAGCCCAUGGACGCUAUCUUCCACCAGCACCCUUACCUGAGCUCAAAGCACUCUUUCCAAAACUCAAUAUCACCACUCAUACCUCUUCUAUUCCCUUGCCUGAAGGCAUCGAAACCAACCAUGACUGCCAUGUACGUGUCAAGGCAGGACUGGAUAAACUACUUGCUUCAUUGGAUGCUGAACCCCAGCCUCCUAAUACCAUUUUACUUUCAGGUCAUGCUGCUUCUGCUAUCUGUGCUGUGCGUGGUCUCUUGAGGGAUGCGAACUACCCUGUACGGUGUGGUGUUUGUUCCCUUUCUCAUCUGGUGCGUCAGGAUGAUGACACAUGGCAACUCAUGGCCAAUGGGGAUUGUCAUCAUCUCUCAGAAGGAGAACAAAGACAUUGGAUGUUUGAUGGUGAUGUGCCUGAUUAUGAAAAAUAA